ACGGUCAAUUAAUUCCUUAAAAACCCCAACCUUAAUCCUACUAAUUAGCAACUCCUAAUCCCACAUUAAAACGUACAAAUUACUACAAAUCCCUCACUCAAACCCAUAAAAAGAUUUAAUCUGCGUAAGAAAAUGACAGCACCUUCCAUAAUCAAAGGCCUUUGCUUUUUCUAAUGUACAGGUGUCCCCAUGUGAAGAUGCUGCUUUAACUCUUCUUCCUUCUUUUCACAUACCCACAUUUAUGUUUUUUCACGGACCCAGAUUGUUAAACUUCGAGAAGAUAACUACCCAGAAGCUUAAAUUGGUUAAAGAUACAAUUUUGAGAUCUGGGUAUUUGAGUUUUUUUGAUUUUUGGUUAUGAUGAAGCUUCUUCAUGGAAGAGGAGCUCUUGCUGCUGUUCUGGUUGUGAUUCUUCCUCUGUUAUUUCCUGGGUUUUUUACUCCUCUCAGUCAUGCUCAUCCUUCUACUUUCUCGGAAUGGAAUGUUCCAAAGCCAAGGCACUUAUCUCUACUGAAUAGUGCUUUUCAGCGUGAGACUUCACAAGAGAAGAAAUCUGAUCUCUGGGCUCCUUUGGCUGACCAAGGAUGGAGAACAUGCGCUGAAUCUAAAUCCAGCCCUUCAUCUCCAGCAACAUCUGAGGGAUAUCUUCAGGUAUUUCUUGAUGGAGGAUUAAACCAGCAGAGAAUGGGGAUUUGCGAUGCUGUGGCAGUUGCUAAAAUACUGAAUGCUACACUUGUCAUCCCACAUUUUGAAAUCAAUCCUGUUUGGCGAGACUCGAGCUCAUUUAUGGAUAUAUUUGACGUUGAUCACUUUAUUGAUGUGUUGAAGGACGACAUUUCUAUAGUUAAAGAGCUACCUGAUGAAUUCUCAUGGAGCACAAGGGAAUAUUAUUCCACUGCAAUUCGAGCUACCAGAAUAAAGACAGCGCCUGUUCAUUCUUCAGCUAACUGGUAUCUGGAAAAUGUCAUGCCUGUACUGCAGAGUUAUGGGAUUGCUGCAAUCUCUCCAUUCUCUCAUCGUCUGACUUUUGAUAAUUUGCCCAUGGAAAUCCAACGUUUACGCUGUAAAGUUAAUUUUGAAGCAUUAGUUUUUGUUCCCCACAUCAGAGCACUUGGAGAUGCUCUUAUCAGUCGCCUCAGAUAUCCUUCUAAGAGAACUGAAGUAGGUAGCGAUGGUUACCUACGGGAAGUCACCGACGUAGAUUAUGAAAAAAAACCAAAGAAGUUUGUUGCUGUACACCUUCGCUUUGAUAAGGACAUGGCUGCACAUUCAUCUUGUGAUUUUGGUGGGGGAAAAACAGAAAAACUGUCUCUUGCUAAGUAUCGACAAGUAAUUUGGCAAGGAAGGGUCCUGAACUCGCAAUUCACUGAUGAAGAAUUGAGGAGUCAGGGCCGUUGCCCAAUGACUCCCGAAGAGAUUGGAUUACUUCUAGCAGCUUUGGGCUUUGACAACAGUACUCGCCUGUACCUUGCUUCCCACAAGGUUUAUGGUGGAGAAGCUAGGAUCGCUCCUUUAAGAGAACUCUUUCCACUAAUGGAGGACAAAAAGAGUCUCGCUUCUUCAGAGGAGCGUGCACUGAUUAAAGGAAAGGCCUCGCUGUUAGCUGCAGUAGAUUACUAUGUUGGCUUGCAUAGCGACAUCUUCCUUUCUGCUUCUCGAGGAAAUAUGCACAAUGCAAUGGUGGGACAUCGAACUUAUAUGAACUCGAAGACGACAAGGCCGAACAUGCCAUUAUUAGGCCAACUUUUCUUAAACAAAAACAUCACCUGGUCAGAGUUCCAAGAAGCAGUUCUUGAAGGUCAUGAAGAUAGACAGGGAGACAUCAGACUAAGAAAACCAAAGCAAUCCAUUUAUACGUAUCCUGCUCCUGAUUGCAUGUGCCGAGCUUAAAGAUGAUUUCUUUGAUACUGACCGAUGCAAAGCUAUGAUCUUCAUUCUAUUAAUUUGGCACCACAACAGUUGUUUGUGACGUGCAAAGUUGGUAAUAAAUAAGCAAGAUCUCAGAUUCUCCUUUCGUGGAAGAGCAUAGAUAGUAUGUAUUUUAGCAUAAAGUUUAUUUAUGGUGGGGAUGAUUAGAUAAUUAUUGUGUAUUUAUCCGAUUCUGAGUUGAUGGACCACGUUUCUAAACCAACAAUAUUUGUGAUGUAUAAUUUAAUAGUUCACAGGUUUUAAUACUACCAUAUCUGUUUAUG